GGCGCACUAUUCAAAAUGGUCGCUUUUGUGUAUGGCUUCUAGCUUUAUUUCCAAUCAGGAUUGCAACAUAAAAACAGAAGAAUCAAGAUCUGCAUAAAAAGAGAAAUUACUAGCAUUGUAUUUGGACUUGAAAAGGAAAACUGGGCUUUCAAAAUGGAUGAAAAUAUUUUAAAUACCAGUGUGAAAUUAGCACAUAUCAGUCUUGAAGAGAAAACACCGCUGUCUGAUUUAACAAAUACAACAAAAGUGCUCGAGGGAAAAGAAUCUCUACCUGAUAAAGACAGCCAGGAAAAAUACAACAAACUCAUCACUAAAGCUAAAAAAUACACUGGAGAAGGACAAGUACGCAAUGCCAUGGAAAUGAAUAAGGAAGCCUUGAAAAUCUGUUAUUCAGAAAAAUUAGCUAAAAAAAUUGCUAAGAUGGAGGCUUAUUUAAAAGAAUAUGGAGAAGAUUCAGGAGAAGAGGAAGAAGAGGAGGAGGUAUCUGGAUUAUUACAAGUUGGUAAUGGUUUCUAUCUAUAUAAAGAUUUAUAUAAUAGGCUAUAUACUCAUCAGAAGGAAGGUAUACUAUGGAUGUGGACAUUACAUAAAAGGAAAAAAGGGGGAAUAUUAGGAGAUGAUAUGGGAUUAGGUAAAACCAUUCAAGUAAUAGCAUUUCUCUCUGGAAUGUUUGAUAUGGAACGUGUAAAUCACAUUCUUAUAGUGAUGCCAGUUGCCUUGGUAGUUAAUUGGGAAAAUGAAUUCAAUAAAUGGGCUCCUGGUAUUAAUGUAACGGCCUAUCAUGGUUCUAGUAAAAGAGAAAGAGAGAGAUCUUUAACUAAAGUACAGAGAAGAGGGGGCGUAUGUAUAACAACUUAUGGUAUGGUUGUUACAAGCUGGGAACAACUUGGUCAAAAGGAUGGAAGAGAAUUUGUCUGGGAUUAUAUGAUAUUGGACGAAGGACAUAAAAUUAAAAACCCAACUAAAACAACGAAAGGUGUGCAUAACAUACCUGCUAAAAACAGAUUGAUAUUAACGGGAACUCCAAUACAAAAUAAUCUCAAGGAACUGUGGUCACUGUUUGACUUUGCCCAUCAUGGUACUUUACUGGGAACUGCUAGAACUUUUAAAAUGGAAUUUGAUACACCUAUUACAAGGUCAAGAGAAAAAGAUGCCACAGUUUAUGAGAAACGUUUGGGAUCGGAAAUGUCUGAAGCUCUAAAGAAAAUUAUUUCCCCAUACUUUUUACGGAGAACAAAAGCGGAAGUAACAAGGAAAAAAUUAGUUCACGGUGAAAUGGAUGAAGGGACUAAAGAUUGUGCAAGUAUGCCUACACUAACUCGUAAAAAUGAACUGGUCAUAUGGUUAUUUCUUACACAAACACAGCAAAAAAUCUAUGAAGAUUUCUUAGAGUUAGAUGAUGUAAAAGAGUUAUUGAUGACAACUAAAUCUCCAUUAGUAGCUUUGACUGUUUUAAAGAAAAUCUGUGAUCAUCCACGUCUGUUGUCUACUAGAGCUUGUGCUCAGUUGGGCUUAGAUGGUCAUGAAGGAUUAGAUGAAGAUAUGUUAGAUGCUCCAGAAGCUUUAGAAAGUGCAGCUACAAAAAUCCAAUAUGUAGCUGAUGAUAUACUUAUACAGGAAUCUGGUAAACUGAUAGUAUUGAUAGAACUAUUAGAUAAUCUCAAAUCUGAAGGACAUCGGUGUUUGGUAUUUUCACAGUCAAGGAAAAUGUUAGACAUAAUACAAAAACUUAUUACAAAUAGAGGACAUAAGAUUAUGAGAUUGGAUGGAACUGUAACACAUGUAGCUGAUAGAGAACAGAGAAUACAGAAAUUUCAAACAGAUGAUAGAUAUACAGUAUUUCUACUUACUACACAGGUUGGUGGUGUAGGAUUAACAUUAACAGCAGCAGACAGAGUUGUUAUCUAUGAUCCAAGUUGGAAUCCAGCAACAGAUGCUCAAGCGGUAGAUCGAGUGUUUAGAAUAGGACAAGAUAAAAAUGUUGUUAUAUAUCGUCUGAUAACAUGCGGUACAGUGGAGGAAAAAAUCUACAGACGACAAAUAUUUAAAGAUUCUAUCAACCGGCAAACAACAGGAAAUUCUAAAAACCCUUACAGGUAUUUUACCAAGCAAGAUUUAAAAGAAUUAUUUAAACUAGAGACCCCUCGUCAUUCUACUACACAACAACAGUUACAGGAGAUGCAUACAACAGAUAGACGAUCUGAUAAUAAAUUAGAUGCUCAUAUAGCCUAUUUACAUAGUCUAGAGAUAUUUGGAGUAAGUGAUCAUGAUUUGAUGUUUAGUCAAGAGAUAAAGUUUGAAGAUGAAGAAGAAGAAGAUACAGCAACACAAUCUUAUAACAAUACUGGUUCAGUUAAUCAACAAUCUAAUGAUUAUAUACAAAGUAGGAUUCAAAGAGCUCAACAGCUGAUAGAGAUGGAAUCAAGUGCACCUCAAAACAACAGUGAAAGAUUUCCAGAAAAAAAAGCUACCACUUUUACUGCUGAUAGACAAAAUGUUCCAGCAUUUAUACCCAAACCUACAAACACAAUAUCACAUAAUACAUUUAUACCACCAAGAGUUGUAGAAACUAUAGAUCUUACAUCAAACAGUACACCAGUUAAAAAUACAUGUCCUCAAUCACCUAUUUGUAUUGAUGAGGAGGAAAUGAUGAGUCCCAUUGAUGUGAAAAAUGUAAAAAUAAAGAAAGAAUAUGAUGUUAAAACUGAAACUAGUAAACAACUUUUUGUUACUCGUGUUAAAGAAGAAGAGAUGGACAUGUCUAUUAAAGAAGAAAAUAUAGAGAGUGAUACAUCUAUUGUUAGUGAAAAUAGUGUCAGUCCCAAUAUAAGUUCUAACCAUAGUCCAAUUAAAUCAUCAGAUAAUAAAAGUAUUGAUGGGACCACAGACGAUCUCAGAGCUAAACCAUCUGAUAUGAGUGGUGAUUGGACCAUGGACAAUCAAACUAAACAAUCUGAUAUGAGUGGUGAUUGGACCAUGGACAAUCAGACUGUUGUACAUUUACCAAAUGAUAAUGUCAACAUAGCUCAGUCCAAAAACAUUGAUUUACAGUCUUCUUCAAAUCACAACAGUGCUAUAGAUAACUCUCAUAGACCUGAAAAAACAUCAAAUAGUGAAUGCAGACAGGAUUCAAAACAAAGACAUAAUAUAUCCAGCCCUAGAACUUCAGUUAGUGCUAAUUCUCCAUUUAAAGUUCCUGAAAUACCAGUAAAUUCACCUUUCAGAACUCCUAAACAAAAAGAGCGAGUCAUCGAAGAAGAACUUAUAAUCUCUCCUGAUGCAUCUAGUCCUCUUCUUUCAUUACAGCCACGUUCAGGAAUUUCUCGAAAUCUUUACAUGUCCUCACAAGGUGUACGAUUAAAUAUGUCUUUAAUGGGCCGUAGCCCUGAUUCACCAUUUCCACGAAAACCCUCAUCCACAAGUUCUGAUCUUCAAUCAACACUUGUCCAAGAUUCACCUUUAAACAGUUCAUAUGAAAGUCAAAAAUCAACUAAGACACUGGUUGAUGAGUCUCCUGUCCUUUCUAAUCUUUCUAAACAAUUUAAUAGUGGUAGCGUAACAGACGAUAUUUCUCCCAUUGUUAAUAGUAAAGGUACACCAUGUAUCGAAGAUUCUUGUGAAGAAUCUGAGUCAGACAUCGAAGCUGAGGAGAGCCCUAUUGUUGCUCGUAAGUCAAUGCCCAGAAGAAAAGUUAUAGGAAGCUCAGAUGAAGAAGAUAAUCUUGUAGAAAACCAGGAUGAUGAGGAGAUGGUUGAGGAUGAGGAUAUGUUUGAUGAAGAUGAUGAUGAGGAGGAUGUUGGUAGUGAAGAGGAACCAGAAGGAGAGGAUGUUGAGCAUGAAAGUAAUGAUAAUGAAGUCAAUGGACAUGGUGAUGAGGACGAGGAGUAUGAUGGAUCAUUUAUUGAUGAUGAUGAUGAAGAUGACGAAGAAGAGAGUGAUGAUGAUGAAGGAAGUGAAGAUGAAGAAGAUGGAUUUGAAAGUUUAACGGAAGAUUUAAAACUUCAGUUUAAUGAAUGUGUUGAUAAUUGCAGACUCAGCUAUAAAGCGAAGGAUUAUGAAACAGCUUUGGCUUUUGUGUUACAAGGACUAGAAAUAUUCCCUGAUCCUGACUUACAGAAACAAGCCUUAAAGAUACACCAAAAAAUAAAUAAUGCAAGCUGAACAGAAAACUUUAAAUAGACAGUCACUUUAAUUUUAAAAAUUACUGUCAUCUGUAACCUGCUGGAAAUAAUUAAUAUUUAUGUUACAGUGGCAGGGAGAAAUACUCUUUUGCCCAUCUUGUGAUUGAUUUUAAUUUAUGAUUAAAGUUUAAUCGUGAAAUCAGAUCUUGUUUAGUUAGAUUAAAGCUAAUAAAAUAUUACAUAGCAAUCUCUCCAGGUAUUGUUCAUAACUAUCAAGGAAAUUGUCUUCUAAAAUUUGUAAAAUAAAAAUAAAAGCAAAUAGAAUUUUCUCUUUGUUUUGAUUGGGAAUUUACAUAUGGUUUUGAAAGUGCAUUCCUUGAGUUGCAAACACUUUUGUGACUGGCUCUGGCUAAAUAAGACACAUACUCAAAAUAUAACUACAUGUACAUGUAUGCAUAAAUUUUAAAAAAUGCGGUAUUCAAAGACCGUUAAAUAUGCAUUUAAGAAAAGGUACAAAUAUUCAGCUUUGGAGUUGGUUUACUGUUACACCAUAAUAUUUUCAGAAAAAAAGCAUUUGAAAAAUACUCAAACAAGCAAAGUUGUACUCCAGCAACCAAAAACGGCAAGUUUUUGCCAUUGAGUAUCGCAGAAAUAAAAGUAUUCUGGGAACACCCAAUCAAUAUAGCUAAUUUUGUUUACAAGUUACUUGCCAAAUGUGAAAAAUGGGUGUGAAAUAUCUAUUUUAGCCUGAGCUGGUUACAUCUAAUGAUAUUUUCGUUGAUGUUAUUGUUUAAGUUUUUAAUAUAAUACCUAUAAGAUAUAAAUACUUCCUUCAUAUAUUCAUGUUUUUGAUCAUUCAAUUUAUAGAAUAUCAUACUAUAAUGGUUUCGGUGUGUCAAAUAAAAUUAGGCUUACUUUUAUUCAAAGAUUUCUGUGAAUAUUUUGGAUUGCACUAAUUUAAUUAAAUGUUUUUUUGUACUUCCCAUCAUAGAUUUUCUAACUGUGCAAUAUAGACACUAUUUAUGGAUAACAAUUAUUUGUGUUAUUUGCUUGAUAACGACUUGUGAAAUCUUGUUGAAACGUCGCAGAUUUUAUUUGUGUUAUAUGCUUGAUAACGACUUGUGAAAUCUUGUUGAAACGUCGCAGAUUUUAUUUGUGUUAUAUGCUUGAUAACGACUUGUGAAAUCUUGUUGAAACGUCGCAGUGAAAUAAACCACAGUAAUUGUUAUCCAUAAAUAGUGUGUUAUUUGAUUAUGUUUCAAUUACUAAAUGCCAUUUAAAGAAUAUGUGCAAUAUAAAGCUUACAUUUAAAUUGUAGUAAGGAGUUUGUAAUGUUUGAUAGAGUACAUCAUAUACAAUCUGAUUAAAAUAAAUACAGAUCUAUAUUUCAUUUUGUUUUUUUGAAACUUUCAGUGGCCUACAUUAAAUUUAGAUCUGGCCGGUUGUAGUAAAAGUUCGCAUCAGAGGUCGUACGAACGGCUUUUGACCCUAUGACGUCAGACAUUGAUUAAUCAAUCAGCGUUGAUGUUUCUAGUGGCAUACCCACAGUUCCAUGCAUCGCAUGCCAAGAAGUCGCCGUAACAGAUGGUUUCAUUGGCUAAUCCCUCACAUCAUCCAGAAUGCAGGUUAUAUAACAACUCUUCCAGAUCCUAGUGUAGUACAGAAAAAUAAAAUGAAAUUUUGAACUAUAAAAAAAUGAAAUAGAAUCUGUGUUUUAAUCAGAUUGUAUCAUGUAUAUAAAAUAAAUUCAAUUU